UCCCACAAACACACACACACAUCCACCCACACACACACACACACACACACACACACACACACACACACACACACACACACACACACACACACACACACACACACACACACACACACACACACACACACACACAGCAACGUAGCGAACUCAGAUCAAUCGCUGCCAGAUGAGGAAUGAAAUAAAAUGCCAGGUGAGAGAAAGAUGGAAGAACACAGUUGUUGUCAUAGUAACGGCGAGGCGGAGCGUAAGAAAAGGGGGACUAGUGUGUUUGUUGUUGAUGGUCACGUGGCCCCGCAGCGCCGAUGCGAGCGUUGCGAGCGCCUUCCUUCCUUCCCCGACCAGUUACUACAAAAUGGCUGCAGAGGCAUCAGCGUCGACAAGAACCCAGUGAACACUUCAUGGCCACGGAACAGAAAACUAAAGUGCCAGACUCUGCCCCUGCUCCCAGCGCCCUGCUGUCUGUCGCAGCCCCCUGCAGAGGGGAUGGCAGCAGCGCACCCUACCCAGGCCAGCCACAGGCACCACCAGCACCUCCACCUUCAGCACAACGCCACCCCCCAAGAGAUGUCCCCCCACGCUUCCGCCAACAGGAGCACAAGCAACUGCUGAAGAGGGGCCAACCCCUGCCUCCCGGGCUUUUGACCCUGCCCCCACAAAACCCUGCGGCGUCCGAGUCCCCCCUGGCAGCGUCGCUGUCGUCUGCAACGACUACAGAGGCGUCAGCAGCAGAAGAACAAGCAUCUUCCUCCUCUUCCUCGCCAGCCAGCUCAGAGCUGCCCCCAAAGAGUGGCCAAGGAGCCCAGUAUAGAAGUCCCUUCCGGGGAUACCAGCCUGCCAAUCAGAGCGUUAGUGGAACAUCACUUUCCACAAAUCCCAGUGGCUGGGAUCAACCAAUCAUCGACCAGCGGGAGUCCGAGGCCUUGCCCUCAAUCAACCACAGCGAGAGUCGUGACUCUCAAGGAGGAUGCCCUACGGGUACUGACCCGAGUAAUCUGGCUAGAGACAGCAGCAACAGUACGGCCAGUAUGGCCACAGGAGCCAAUGGCCAGACAGGCAACUUCCCUGCCAGCCACACAAGCAGCAAGGCCAACUCUGGACCCAGCCCUGCCAAUCAAAGUGGGGCCAACAUGCUGUCCAACCAGGCCACAGCCAAUCGCAGCUGGGGAUCUGGACCGGGUUCUGGCCAUUGCCCUCCUCAGUCCUCAAUGGGGGGCGAGGGGAAGAGUGACGUCCCAUUAGGAGCAGGUGUCAUGGGCUGGGGUUCCUCCUCCUCCUCCACGUCCAACUUUAACUUGAAUUUGAACCCCAACGCCAACCCGUCUGCCUGGCCUGCAUUGGGGCACGACGGGGCUGGUACAGGGGGAGGAACGAACCCCAGCUCCCCACCUCAACCCCUACCCACCCUCUGCAACCUAGCCGGGGGCCCAACAGCACAGGCCAAUGGCAGCACCGGAUCCAACGCCAACGGAAACGCCUCGGGGAGCGGCAGUGCCUGGGGUGGCACGAUGCCCUCUGACCCUUCAGAGCCGCACCCUCCCUCGUCAACGAAUGUGUCUUUCAGCUCCGAACCUCAGAGCCUUAACACGGACGGACAAAAUCACACUAACAAGCAGGAGCCUCCCAGCCCCAUGCGCAACAUGCCCGGCUGGGGCGGUGGCCCCGUGGGAGUGGGGCCCCGGGGCCACUCCCAGCCCGGCGCUCCGCAGGUGAACGGAGAGGACGGCAGCGCCGCAUGGGGCAGCGGGGAGCCCAAAGCGGCUCCGUCCAAGGAGGCCUCCGGAUGGGACUCUGGUUCAAACUGGGGUCUCCGAGGCGGUGCGGGAGGAUGCUCCGGCGGCUGGGGCAAGCGGCAGAGCAGCGGAGACUGGGGGAAGCAAGGUGCCACUGAGGCUCCGGGGGGCUGGGACGCCCCUGGCUCCCCUCCCCAGGACCAGCAGGCCAAUUCCUGGGGCAGGGCCCAGAUCACCGCGGUCACCAGUGAGGGCAGCAGUGAUAACGCCGAGGGUCUGACCCGCUGCCCAGACCGACCUUCAAGGGAAGAGGUGCCCCCGGCGCUGCCUGCCGCUGACGUCGAUCCCAGGGUGCUUUGCAACACUGGCUGGGGUCAGACCCCCGUGCGCCAACACACCUCAUGGGACAUGAUCGAGAAGAACCGCAAGGCCGAGAAAGCCGCUGAAUCCUGGGGCUCGCGUCCCUCAACCUGCAGCGACGUCCAGGGGCCCUCCAACACCAAUACGGCCCCUUCCCAGAGGUCGGACUCUGUGAGCAAAAGCGAUGGCCCCGAGCCCCAGGGAGCCCCGGGCUGGGGUGGAGGCGUGGCCCCUACCAACCAGACCAGCUCAGGCUGGGGGGAUCAACCCAGCAACAAAAAGCCCCCCCCUGGUGGUCCUGGGGGAUGGGGGAACAGCCAGCCAGGAGGAGUCCAAAUGAAUGUACCGAAAAAUGCUGGUCCGGGAUGGGGAGAGGAGAAACCUGCCAGCUGGGAGGACCCUCAAAAUAAAACGAAGGCCCAAGGCUGGGGAGAGACGCCCAAAGCCUCCCCUGGCUGGGGUAAGAGCGGAGGAAACGGUGGCGGGGGCGACUGGGAGACAGACGAAAAGCAGAAGGAAAACUCCAACCCAAACACAGCCUGGGAAGGAGAGGCAGGAGGCUGGAAAGAGAACCCCAGAGGCUGGAGCAAACCUGCCCAAGGAACUGGGCUGUCUGGGAGAGGUGGGGCUGGAGGUGGUGGAGGUUGGACAGAGCCUGCCAGCCAACACCCCACUGGUCCAACCCCGGGAUCUGGGGUAUCUGGAGGUGGAGGUUGGGCGGAGCCAGCCAGCCAGCGCCCCACAGGUCAGACUCAAGGAUCUGGGGCAUCCGGAGGAGGAGGUUGGGGAGAGCCGGCCAGCCAGCGCCCCACUGCGGCAUCCGGAGGAGGAGGUUGGGGAGAGCCGGCCAGCCAGCGCCCUACUGCGGCAUCCGGAGGAGGAGGUUGGGGAGAGCCAGACAACCAGCGCUCGCCUGGUCCUGCCCAAGGUUGGGGGGGUAAAAACCCAGAUGUGCCCAACGGCAGUGGGGGAGGCGGAGGAGGAGGAGGAGGAGGAGGAGGCAUGGGGUCUUGGAGCGGCCCAGGACCCGUUAAGCAGAGCGGCAGCUGGAGCGGGAAGAAGCCGGAGCCCCCGGGAUCGUCGAGCGGCUGGGAAGAGCCCUCCCCGCCAUCGAUCCGCCGGAAGAUGGAGAUCGACGACGGCACGGCGGCCUGGGGGGACCCCGGCACCUACAGCAAGGCGGUGAACCUCUGGGACCGCAACAACCAAGGGAAGUCCCAGGGUAAGGCCCCCCAGGGGGGGUCCUCCAAUCCCCCCGCCCCCAGCAACAACCACGGCCAACACCACCACCCGCACGCCCACUCCCACCCAUACCACGGGGGGCCGCCGCCUCCCGCCGCCCCCGGCCACAGCCAAACCCACCCGCCCCAGAACCCCAGCCUCCCCAGCGGGGCCCUGGAGCCCAGCGUGCCUCACCAGACAGGGCCCUCUCCUCACAGCAGGACCUCAGCCAUGAACCAAGGUUGGGGUGAGAUACAGGGCUCCCAUGCCAAACCGGAGGGGUCCUGGGUGGACCAAGCGCCCCAGCAGGCCAACGCGGACAAUGGGACGUCGACCUGGGGGAAGUCCAGUGGGGGCUGGGGCGAGGUGGGCCCCGAGAGCUACAGUCGGGGAAACCAACCCAUUGGAUCUGCAUCUUGCAAACCUGCCCCAAAACCUAUGCAAGACAGCUGGGCUGGAGGAGAUGAGGAGCAGAUGGGCAUGUCGGGCGGCCAGUGGGACCCGGAUGAAGGAGACGCGUGGAACAGCGGCAUGUCCCAGGAGAACAACUCCUCAUGCAACUCCUGGAGCAACGGGCCGAAGAAGGGCCUGCAGAAGAUGCAAGGGAAGAUCCCCGGGAAACAGGAAGAGGCCUGGAUGCUGAAUCGCCUCAUCAAGCAGCUGACCGAAAUGGGCUUCCCUAGGGACCCAGCCGAGGAGGCCCUGAAGACCAACAACAUGAACCUGGACCAGGCCAUGAGUGUGCUGCUGGAGAAGAAGCUGGAGUUGGACAAGCGGGGCAUGGGCGUGGCCGGCCAUGACUACAGCAACGGCCUCAUCAACAAGGCCCUGGGGGGCCCCCGGCCCCCGCUCCUCUCCAAAGACCCCCCCAUGGACCGCCGCUCCCCCUUCAUGGAUAAGGCUGGGAUAUUUGGGAGUGGUGGGCCAGCGCAAGGCCGCGCCCUUCAUCAUCACCAUCAUCAGCAUCAGCAGCAUCAACAUCAGCAUCAGCAGCAUCAGCAGCAUCAGCAGCAGGCCCCGCCCCCGCAGCCACCAGUGCCACCGCCCGGCUCCUCCCAGCCCGGUCUACGGGCUCAAGUGCCUCAGAUACUCUCCCCUCAGGUUCAAGCACAGCUCUUACAGUUUGCAGCAAAAAACAUUGGUCUGAACCCUGCACUUUUAACCUCACCGAUUAACCCUCAACACAUGACCCUCCUCAACCAACUUUACCAGCUGCAACUGGCAUACCAGCGUUUACAGAUUCAGCAACAGAUGUUGCAGGCGCAGCGCAACGUCUCUGGCCCCAUCCGACAGCAAGAGCAGCAGGUUGCACGUACAAUCACUAACAUGCAGCAACAGAUCCAGCAGCACCAGCGGCAGCUGGCCCAGGCCCUGCUGAUGAAGCAGCAGCCGCCACCGCCCUCCUCCCACGCCGGCCUGCACCCAGGAUCCGUCAAAUCAGCCCUGGACUCCUUUCCAGGACAUCCCCAUGCUUCGGGCCUUCCAGACCUGCAGACCAAAGAGCCACAGUCUUCUCCCCACGCCUACAGCACCUACCCACACUCUGGGCUGAAUCCCAACAUGAAUGUAAACCUCAACGAGGUGGGCGGGGGGCUGUCCAUGAAGGAGCACUCCCAGCCCCAGUCCCGCCUAUCCCAGUGGACGCACCCCAACUCCAUGGACACACUCUCCGGGGGGUCCUCCCCCCUGGAGCACAACCUGGCCAAGCAUGCCAACCUGGGGUCCUCGCGCAAGUCGCCCCAGAUGGAGGACUCCUACAGCGCCUACAGCCUACACUCCGACUCCCCCUCCAGCCCCCCGGACCACUGGGGCUCGGGCAAGAGCAGCAACGACAAGAUGGCCAACGGGACCAACAUCACCUGGCCUCCAGAGUUCUGCCCCGGCGUGCCGUGGAAGGGCCUCCAGAGCAUUGACCCCGAGACGGACCCCAACAUGACCCCGGGUAGCGUCCCCAACGGGCCCACCGUCAACACCAACAUCCAGGACGUGAACCGCUACCUACUGCGGGACCGGAGUGGAGGCUCCUCCCCCACCUCAUCUCAGACCGAGGCUCUGACUCCCUCCACUGAUUGGCCAGUCAGUUCCUACUCUAGCUCGUUCAGUCUGUCGUCCCCCGAGAUGGACGACGCAGGUAAGCUGCCGGACAUGAAGUCCACCUGGUCCCCGGGGGCCAUCUCCAACAGGGAGGCCACAGGCUCGCUGUCCCACGAGCUGUGGAAGGUCCCCCAUGGGCCCCGCAACUCUGCGGCCCCCUCGAGGCCCCCGCCCGGCCUCACCCACACAAAGCCCCCACCCUCUGCCCCAUCGUCCUCCACCUGGGGGGGCAACUCCCUAGGACUGGGACAGUCCUGGAGCUCCUCCUACACCUCAGCUGGUAACACCUGGAGCACAGACAGCUCCAGCAGAGGCAGCAGCUGGCUGGUGCUGAGGAACCUCACGCCACAGAUCGACGGCUCCACCCUGCGCACGCUGUGCAUGCAGCACGGCCCGCUGAUCACCUUCCACCUGAACCUGACGCAGGGCAACGCCGUGGUGCGCUACAGCUCCCGGGACGAGGCUGCCAAGGCCCAGAAGUCCCUGCACAUGUGCGUCCUGGGAAACACCACCAUCCUGGCGGAGUUCGCCGGGGAGGAGGAAGUGGCCCGCUUCUUCGCCCAGGGCCAGUCGCUAGGGGCGACCACCAGCUGGCAGGCCAACCCCUCCGGCAACGCCAACCAAGCGCGGAUGGGCGGCGGCGGCCCCGCCCACCCCAUCGGGCACCACGCGCCCCACUGGGGCCACCACAACAGCUGCAGCGGAGGUAACGGGGCCGGAGGCCUGGGCGGCGGGGGGAGCAAGGCGGGCGGCGGUGACAUGCUGUGGGGGGGCGGGGGGCCCCAGUACUCCAGCCUGUGGGGGCCCCCCGGCGGCGGUGAGGACGGACAGGUCAUGGGGAGCCCCACCCCUAUCAACACUCUGCUGCCAGGGGACCUUCUGAGCGGGGAGUCCAUGUAAGAGCACAGAGGUCCCCCUCGGGGAGGGGGGGGGGGGAGGCCCAAACACAACGAGAGAAUCCAGAUAGCAAAUCAAUGUGGAGAUAAUCAGUGUGGAAUCCGUCAAUCGGGAGCGAGCGGGGAAGACCAGGCUGUCCCCGGAGACCCUCCACCUCGUCUCUCUGUUGAGAUCGCCGCUCCUUUUGAUUUCAGUGUCGGAAAUAUAUCAAGUGUAAAAUGUUACGUUUUUUUGUGUGAAUCUCAGAGGGUGGUUACUUUUCUCAGUGUUCACGCUCUCGAAAAGCAACAGGACAGCUAGUCUCAACCUGGGAUAACUCUCUUUUUUGCAGUAGGGCAACUGUUUUCGGACAACUGUUCUCUUGACAUUUGCGCCGUGUUUUAACCUAACAUAAAUGUCGAUGAUACGUGCUGCCAUCUAGAAAACUUGACAACCGCCAGUCCGCCCAGCCUGCCCCAAUCAGAACGGUUCUAGAGCUCGGCGCCACUCCGGACUAUAAGUGGCGCUCUUCUCUCAGUACUAUUUACUAGCCUUAACCUCUAAUGACCCCCUCCUCCCAAUGCCCUUUCUGACCCCACUCGGACCUCGGACCUCUCAAACCAUGCUCAAACUAUGUGUUUAAAGGGAAAGAUGCAACCCUCUUCCCGCCUUGUUUGAAGCCAUUUCUGUUUGGUUGGGUUGACUUUGACUUCCUUGGUGGAGAAGAAGAGGGGAAAAGGAAACGCAAACAAAGCAAAAACACUGCAAUUGAAGUAAAGGUCAAAUGUGUCAACUUA